UCAAAAUAAGGGUCAGGGUGUGGUGGGCGGAUGUAUUCGCAUUCACCAAGUCGGACAAGGAAAUUAGGCAAUACCCCUUAAACUGGCAUGUUUCAUUAUACAACAUGAACUACUGCAAAUGAAUUAUACUUCGUACACGGACCGUGGUUCAAUGACUUAUUGAGAUAGUUUUUUUUUUUUUUACUUGAUCAUCUGGGAGUUUUGAUACAGCCAUCUGUGGAGCUUUUUGAACUUUUACCAUUUUUACUUUCAUCAUCGUCUACAGACUCCAAAGGAAUUAAGAGAGAAGGAGCCACACGGGAGAGACCAGCAGAUGGCAUCACUACCUAAGAAACCACGACGUGACAAGGAACUCACAGGAGAAGAUGUACUGCCUGAAGUGGAAAAAAUCAUGGCAAGUGUUGAGAGUAGGCUACCUCAGACAGAGCUCAAGGAUUUUCUAGAGAAAAAAAUUGGUGGUUUGAAGAAAGAAAAGAGGGAGCUGGUUGGUGUCUUUGGUAAAACAGGGGCUGGAAAAAGCUCUUUAAUAAAUGCUGUCAUUGGAGAGAAGGAUCUCUUGCCCUCAGGACGUACCAAAGCAUGUACAACAGUCAUCAUUAAGGUGGAGGCUAACAAGCAGAACCAGAACUAUGAGGCAGAGAUUGAAUUCAUCAAAAAAGAGGAGUUCGAGGAACAUGUGCAGGGCUUUAAAAAAAUCUUACUGAAUGAUGCAGGCGACGAAGAGGAUAAUGGCGAUGACCGUGAAGGUGCUGACAAUAACAAUACGGAGAAUAACAAUGAUGACGAUGUUGAAAGUAACGCUGUUGAGAUGCUGUCAGCAGUGUAUGGAGAACAAUGGGAAGAAAUAUUGGACAACAACAAUUUCAUGGAUCGGAAACAUUUCAAAGAAAUUCCAGAAUUUCUCAAUUCUGGCAAGAUGACGUUGUCCUUUAGAACGGCUGAACAGCUGUCUGCAGAACUUGUCAAAUACACAAGAAGCAAAUCAAAGGAAGGAGUGGCUAAAGGCAUAAAGAAAUGGUUUUGGCCCCUGGUGAAGUGUGUUACUAUCAAGGUGCCAAAUAAUGACCUUCUCCAGAAUGUCACACUUGUGGAUCUACCUGGAAAUGGGGACUGCAACAAGGGCAGAGAUAACAUGUGGAAAGGGGUUGUUCAAGACUGUUCCACUGUGUGGAUCGUGACUGACAUGGAGAGACCAGCAUCAGAGAAAGAAGCAUGGGAGAUUCUGAAAAGUGCCAUCAGGUAUCUUGGAAAUGGUGGCCAGUGUAAGCACAUUCACUUCAUCUGCAACAAGUCUGAUCAUAUUAGACGUAAAAAAGGUCAAAGUUUAGUGGAAGCCCUAAGAGAGAGGAACGAGGAAGUAAAGGUGGAAGUGAAAGAAAAAUUUGGGACACAAAAGAUGGUUAAGAGACAUUUCAGUGAUGAAUGUUUCAAAGUGUUCACAGUGAGCGCCAUUGAGUUUCAGGACAAACAAUUUCUAGAACCUGCUGACACUGAAGUCCCUGAACUUCAGAAGAUUUUGCAAAAACUUAAUGACAAUCACUCAGAGACACUGAACUACUGGUAUGUGUCAGGAGCGUAUGGGAUACUGUCCUUAAUUCAAGGGGCCCGCUGUGGAGGAGGGGCUACGGUAAAAACAGAAGUGAGCAAAGUCCUUACAGAAACAAUGAAGUGUGGACAUGAACAAGUCCAAAAGUCCAUGCAAGAGGCCACAGAUGCUUUGGAAGAAUGUCUCAAGCAUGGGGUUGAGAACUCUAAAAGUUCAUGUGAUGAUGUCUUGAAGUCCUUUUUAAAUCCUAAGAGGAAGGGAAAAGGAAGUGGUUUUCACAAGACACUGAAAUGUGUAAUCGACAACUAUGGUGUCCACAAAACAACAGCAGGGAAACACUUAAACCUCAAUGAGGAUUUAGCUGCAAAGCUGAUGGACAGCAUUGAUGAAGAAUUCAGAAAGACCUUCCCAACUGAAUCAAAUCCUGGACCAUUCAACGGGACCAUCAGUUCCUUUUCACUCGACACUGGGGAGCUGAUUCAAAAUCGGAAGUACAAAGACGUGGAACUGCAACUGGAAUUUCUCAGGACUGAGGAAGAAAAAAUAAAGAUAGAACUCCAAGAAACCAUCCGGCAGCGUAAGAAAGAAAUGUACAGCAGCCUGACGACAACAAUCAAGGAAACCAUGCAAACAUGCUACGAAGAUGCUCAAAAAUGUGAAGGAAAAGGAAGACUAGAAAACACUAGGAAAAUCAUAAGGCAGCAUGUUGAUGCUGAUAAGAACACCAUGUUUGAGAAGGCUAAAGAUGAAAUGAUGUCAAAACUGGAAAACCUGAAGGAGGAAAUCCUGAAGAAACUGAACGACACAAUGAAGGAGUCUAUUGAGCGCGCUCUCAAUUCAGAUGAACAAUCACUUCCAGAUGUCAAAAAGGAGCUUGAGACGGUGACAAAAUACUAUCAAGAACUGAAGAAAAACACACAUGAAGGAACAUCACCAGUUAGUGCUGAUCAACCCGGCCCGUCAUCUGCACAGGUUUACCUGAUGCAGAGAAACAGCUGAGGCCUGUUUAACCACUGAGGGUCCCACAGGGAACAUUGAAAAGUCAAAUGAGGCUUCUGGAUUUGGUCUCAACCUUUUCUUCAGGUUGUUAUUUCUGCUCUCUCUUUUUGUUGACAUGUUUGAUGUGAGUUUCAGAGAUGUUAGAUUAGUGAUAGGACAGUUUUCCUUUUGAUUAGUUGUGGUGGGCCUCAGGCCAAAAAUUG